GGUAAAGCACGGUCAGACCACUAGGGCGCCUUUGUUCCCAGAAGCUUGGUGUUAUCACAUAUUCAGCUGGUUUCGCUCAAAAGUACAUUCAAGGAAACCUAACUAAACGACAUCCCAAGCAAAGAAAACCAAAGAUUAAACUAUGGUUUUGCAUAAAGGUGAUCUUAGGGUGCUCAGCGAAAGCCCUUACAAUGCGGAGCCGCCCGAUAUUGCAGAGCUCAUUCAGUAUCCAAUUACACCUAUACCACUAAUAUAUGCUCGAAAUCACGCUCUGACAGUUCACGUCGAAAACGAGAGAGAACCAAACAUCGAUACAUAUAAACUCAAAAUCGACGGUGAACACGUCGAGGAAAACGAAUUCAAUCUAAAAGACACGAUUCUUUCCUUCCCGCGGAAAGAAGUGGUAGCUGCGUUGAACUGUGCAGGUAAUCGCCGUGCGAAAAUGGCAGAGAAGACUCAGAGGGAUCCUGAAGGGCUCAUGUGGAGUGAAGCUACAAUUUCUAACGUCAGAUGGGCAGGCCUAUCACUGUGCGACCUUUUGAUCUUUAGUGGUGUCUCGACUGAGAUAGAUAAGUGGGAAAAUAAGCAUGUCUGCUUUGCGUCGCAUGCUGUUGCAUGCGAACAGGAUUCUUAUUUCGGGGCUUCUAUCCCACUAGCAAAAGCUAUGGACGAGAAAGGGGACGUGAUACUUGCGUAUGAGAUGAACGGCGAAUCUUUAACACCUGAGCAUGGCUUUCCACUACGCGUGGUUGUCCCUGGCUUCUCUGGCGCUCGUUGGGUGAAGACGGUCGACAGUCUGACUAUCUCACAUGAUGAAUCUCCCUGCUUCUACCAGAGACGGGACUACAAAGUACUACCAGAUAACGUUACAUCUCAGGACAUGGCUGACAGUCAGGACUGGUGGAGCCGUGUACCUGCUAUGCAGGCCGUAGCCCUCAACUCAGUUAUAGCAAAGGUCGAAGAUAUCACUCUUCCCGGGUUAAGUCGGGAUAACACAGUCCUGGUAAAAGCAACAGGCUAUGCUGUGUCUAGUGAGCGCAUCACACAGGUUGAUAUCACUGCAGAUGAAGGAAAGACAUGGGUACCAACGCGAAUUACGUACCAAGAAGGAAGAUGGAGUUGGGCGCUAUGGGAAGGAGAUGUUAAUGUGGAUAGAGACGUUAGUGAUGUUGAUUUUGAAAGAGGGGGCUCGAAACAAUACGGAGCCGUGCAAGUGAUGAGAGUGGUGCAGUGCAGAUGACGGACUUUCGAUGGAAUUUACGGGGAGUUGGGUUUUGCGCACUAGGGGAGAGUAGUGUGGAAAUUUGAAGUACGUAGACUAAAGACAUAAGACUGCAUUAUGGUACUUCUUUUUUCGAUUAUCAACUUCGUUGGCU